CACACACUCUCUCUCACACACACAGGCGUGCGAUGGGGCGCUCGCGCGGCCGCGUGCGUCGCUGAGCCAGUUCCACGCAGAGCCCACGGGAGCUCCGUCACGCGUUACUGACUGACUGACUGACUGCUCUCUCUCUCUCUCUCUCUCUCACACACACACACACACUCUCGGAGCUCGGAGGGACCGCGGUGCGGCUGUGUGAGACGGGCGAUAAAGCAAACUCGAGUUGGUUCUAUUCUCUGCAGCUCUCAGUCAUCAGUUACGGAAGAACUAAACCACAAAGAUGUUCACCCUAACUGAAGUGGCCUCCCUCAAUGACAUCCAGCCCACGUAUCGAAUCCUGAAGCCGUGGUGGGACGUCUUCAUGGACUACCUCGGUUUCGUAAUGUUGAUGAUAGCCAUCUUUGCUGGGACGAUGCAGUUAACCAAAGAUCACGUGGCGUGUCUUCCCAUUCUAAAGGAGACUACUAAUACAAACUUGUGCAUGAUCCCUAGUCCAGCAGAGAUCUCUACAUCAGCUUUAGGCAACGUACCCGUAGCUACUCCGGAUCUUCCGGACAGUGCAGUGCAUACAAUCAGCCAGGAUGCUGAGCCUAAACCCAAAGGACGCAAAACGAACUUGGACUAUCAGCAGUACAUUUUUGUCAAUCAAAUGUGCUACCAUGUCGCCUUGCCUUGGUACUCUAAGUACUUUCCUUACCUCGUCCUGAUCCACACCAUCGUGUUGAUGGUAAGCAGCAAUUUUUGGUUCAAAUACCCAAAGACCAGCUCAAAGAUCGAGCACUUCGUGUCCAUCCUCGGCAGGUGCUUCGAGUCACCCUGGACCACGAAGGCACUGUCCGAAACCGCGUGCGAAGACUCUGAAGAAAACAAGCAGAGACUCAUUGCUGGACAGUCUGGUCCUAAGCAGCUGUCCACAGAUAGCCAGGACAUUGUGGAUACCAAUUUGUCCCAGCCACUGUUAGGAAACGCCAACCUGACAUUCUCAGCCGAGAAGAUGGUUCAUGAAGGUCCAAGUAUGACCAUUUUAGACAAAAAAGACGGCGAGCAAGCAAAGGCGCUUUUCGAGAAAGUUCGGACUUUCCGAGCUCACGUCGAGGACAGCGACUUCAUCUAUAACCUCUACAUGGUGCAGACGAUCAUAAAAGCUUUUAAGUUAAUCGUUAUCCUGGGUUACACAUCAACUUUUGCUGCACACAUUGAUUUCUGUCAUAUAUGUGAACCCAAAAUUGAGCAUUUAACCGGAUAUGAUAAAUUCUUCUGCACCCACAAUAUGGCCUUCAUGCUGAAGAAGCUACUUUUUACGUUCAUGGCUAUCAUCGGUCUUUAUUGCCUCGUGUGCCUGUAUGCACUUUUCUGGCUUUUUCGACGUUCACUCAAGGAAUAUUCGUUUGAAAAAGUCAGAGAGGAAAGCAGCUUCAGCGACAUCCCCGAUGUCAAAAACGACUUUGCGUUCCUUCUCCACAUGGUUGACCAGUAUGAUCAGUUACACUCCAAACGAUUUGGCAUUUUUCUGUCAGAGGUCAGUGAGAACAAGCUUCGCGAAAUUAGCCUUAAUCACGAAUGGACAAUCGAGAAAUUGCGUCAACUCGUGACCAGCAACCCCCAAGACAAGCAAGAGCUGCACUUGUUCAUGCUCUCGGGAUUGCCCAAUGCUGUAUUCGACCUCACUGAGCUCGAAGUUCUAAAGUUGGAACUCAUCCCCGAGGUCCGGAUUUCAGCCAAGGUUUCCCAGAUGAUGAAUUUACAAGAACUUCAUCUCUAUAACAGUCCUGCCAAGGUGGAACAAACAGGUUUCAGUUUCCUCCGAGAUCACCUCCGCUGCCUUUAUGUGAAGUUCAGCGACGUGGCAGAAAUCCCUCCAUGGAUUUACCUCCUGAGGAGCCUCAGGGAACUUCAUUUGAUUGGUAGCUUGAACUCGGAGCACAACAAAAUGAUCGGUUUGGAAUCCCUGAAAGACUUAAGGCACCUCAAGACACUAUAUCUCAAAAGCAAUCUCAACAAAAUACCCAGCAACCUCACAGAUCUUUCUCCACAUCUGGUCAAGCUGAUCGUGCACAAUGACGGGACUAAAUUGCUAAUUCUGAACAGUCUGAAAAAGAUGACGAGCUUGCGCGAGUUGGAGCUCCAUCACUGCGACCUGGAGAGGAUCCCUCAUGCUAUUUUCAGCUUAACAAACUUGCAAGAUUUGGAUUUGAAAUCUAACAGCAUCCACACCAUCGAAGAGGUCAUCAGCUUUCAGCACCUGAAAAGACUGACGUGCCUCAAGUUGUGGCACAACAAGAUCGUCAGUAUUCCACAGAACAUAAGCCAUGUGAAGAACCUCGAAUCGCUCUACCUUGGGUACAACAAACUGGAGACUCUACCAGCGGCUCUGUUCUACCUGCCAAAGCUCCGGUACCUGGAUAUCGGACACAAUUCCAUUUCGGUGAUUCCAGGUGAAGUUGGAGUUCUCCAGUACCUGCAGCACUUUGAUAUCACGGCAAAUAAAGUAGAGGUUCUUCCCAAACAGCUAUUCAGAUGUACCAAGCUAAAAGUUCUGCUUGUGGGAAACAACAGCAUCACCGUGCUUCCAGAAUCCAUUGGACAGUUAACGCAGCUAGUGCAACUCGACGUGAAGGGGAACUGCUUGGAUCACCUUCCGUACCAGCUUAGUCAAUGUCACCAUCUUAACAAAAACUCGUUCGUUGUGGAGGAUCACCUUUUUGACACCCUUCCGCUUGAGGUGAAAGAAAGCAUGACUGAGGCGCCAACAUUUACAGCUUAGCUGUUGACUUUAUCGAUUUCCCGUUUAUUCUUUUUUGCUAAAACGGCAUACCGACUUAACCAGACAGAAAUGCUAACUCACUAAUGGAGACAGGGCGCAGGAUGUUAAAAAGACACUACUGCUUCUGGUUAUUUCUGCAUGCUGACUUCAUGCUAGGAUUUACGUUUGUUAGCAACGUUGGCGUCUCUGGUAGGAGUGCAGAUAAUAACACGGCCAUUAUCUUUGAAGAACACGUAAGGAUCUGUCCACACCUUGUCGAUUUUUUGCAGUAUCGCAGGGCAGCAUCUAGAGGAAACCGCUGUGUGGCCUCAGAGGCAGCCAUGAUUGGCUAGCGUCACUGUGAUUGACAGGGGUGAGAGAGUAUGCCCCUCCCAACCAGACGAAUGUCGUCACGAAUAGCUUGGGAUUUGAAUUCAUAAUCCACCGACAACAGGGGCAGACAUGUUUUCUGUUGCAUCUUACAAAGAGUUUCCAUCACGUGUGAUUAAACGCUCACUGGCGCUCAUUUGAAAUAAUAAUGUGCUGAAUUAUGUGAUAAAUAACCAAACCUAACCUAGUAUCAGCACAUGGCUGGUGCUGAGGCCAGUUUGUUUGCUUUUUUUUGAUCCAGGAAAUGUUCCUUUCUUUCUCUCUCUCUCAAUAUACGGUGUAGUGAAAAAGUAUUUGUAUAAAAGUUUUUAUACUAAACUUUUUUGCAUAUUUGUCACGCUUAAAUGAUUUGAGAUGCUUAAAACCCCUCCAGAGCCUUAGAAAUGCAUUACUCUUUCCAUUUCAACUACUGUCUAUUACUUUCUUUCUUAUCUGUUCUUAAAUUUCUUUAGAUUGUGAUGCUUUCAUAGAUCUUUUAGCGUGUCUCACUUUGUCAGACAGGUUAUAUUUAAGUGAUUUCUUGAUUUAAUUCAUGGUGUGGCAAGUGAAAUUUAACUCACAUUUCAUUCAUGAUUUAGUAUUUUUUUUUUUCCCGUGGGGCCAGACAGGUUUGAACAGCUUUUCUCCAGUAAUAAAUAAAAUGCUUUUUGUAAUGAACUCAGUUAAAAAUUACAUUUUGUAUUUACUUAAUCUUUAUGUAAUAUAAAUUUUUUAAAUGAUGAUCUCAAUCAUUUAAUGAUUGAUUCAGACUACACAAGUUUACAAUAAAUUAGAAGAAUAUUCAUAAAAAUGAUGAGUCACACUGUUAUUGUCUUAGCCUUGCACAUCUAUCUAUAAAAAAUACUUUUUUUGAAAAAGUUUUUGGUAUGCUAAUUAGGCUCAACCUCUCUUCCAUGGCAAUGAGAUCAUGUGACCUGAGACCUUCGUCAAAACAGCCGUAAUGGCGGACACACGCAAGCUUUUAACAGAAUCUUCCCCAAAACAAUCUGCACUUGUUUGUCUUUCCGUCCUCGAGUUUGUUUUAAUACCUUGUCCCCCGAAAUCGCAUUUGCAUACUUAUUAAUAUUCAUUAGCAUCUGCCAAAGAUGGGUGUGUACACAGGAUCAGCCUGUAUUUCAGUGUUUAAACAACACAUUGUAUUUGCUAAAGUGACUUAUUUUUUAACUAUUUAAUUUUUUUCUGCAUUUUAACAUUCUUACACACAUGAUAAGUUUGAGAACCAUGUAUGGUCUGUGUCUGUAUCUUUAAGUGUGACAAAAGUGCAAAAUGAAUAAAUAAAUGAAAACAAGAAGGGGGUAAAUAGUUUUUCACAGUACUGUGUACACUUAAUUAGAUACUUCAGCGAUGUGCACAAAUUUUGAAAUGCUUCAGUGACUCUGCUUAAUCACAAAAGUCCAAAAUGCACAGUUUACUUUUUUUUUUUUUUACUAUUUAUUAUUAUUAAUUAAACAAUCAGUUUGGCACAAUUGUUUUCCUGGAAUGAUGUCCGUAAAGC